AUGACUAUUCGCCGUUAUUCCUUUUUCUGGGGUACGUUCGCUCUCUCCUCGUCAUUGGGACUAGGUUAUCUCCGCCGAAGAGGAUUGACCCAAUUUGACAAAGAACAACCUCGGGCAAUCGAAUCACCUUCUCCCGUAUCAAGCUUGUACGAAUUACCACUACAAAGAGAUAUCAAUCCUGGAUUACAAUUACCGCCGAAGAUAGCUCAGAGAGCACAGGAAGAAGAUACUUUGAUUGAGAACCUGGUUUUGUAUCUUGGCUGA